AGAACAGGAGCGUCAGCUGUGCCACAUGUCACUGCUGUCCAGAGCAGGUCCGACAUUGGGAUUCAACUACAACACACUGCUGAUAGCAGUGUACAGCUGUCCACAAUUCCCCCCGUGUCUAUGUGGGAAUGGCAUCUCCCAGCAGCAUGUUGGCGGAGGAGCAGGUGCACUGUUCAAUCUGUCUGGAUGUGUUUACCAACCCUGUCUCCAUCCCAUGCGGACACAACUUCUGCAUGGCCUGCAUUGGAAGCUACUGGAAGUCCAGUGCUCUUUUCAUGUGCCCGAUGUGCAAAAAGACCUUCUUCAAGCAGCCCGACAUCAGCAUCAACACAGUGCUCCGAGAAAUCGCUGAGAAGUUCAAGGAAAUGAAAAGAAAUCCUAUUGUAAGUCUACAAAGUGCAACUCAACCGGACCCAAUACCGAGCCCUGUGGAACUCCCCAUUGAAAUGCCCGAAUUGAUUCCUCCGAACGCACCGUGGGCUCAGGAGGUGUCCUGCGAUGUGUGCACUGGCCCUCAGAGACGGGCCGUGAAGUCCUGCUUGGUUUGUUUGACGUCGUAUUGUGAGGAGCAUCUGAAGACGCACACCGUACGCUUCACCAAACACAAGCUGAUCGAGCCCGUGCAGAACCUGGAGGACCGCAUGUGUAAGAAGCACGAGCGGCUGCUGGAGCUCUUCUGUAAGAAGGAUCAGACUAUAGUGUGUGUGUUGUGCACAGAGAUGGAGCACAGGGCACAUUACACGAUCCCCGUCGAGCGAGAGUGGGCCGAGAAGAAGGCAUUACUGAGGAAAACUGAAUCUGAAGUCCAGCAGAUGAUCCAGGACAGACUGAAGAAAGUUGAUGAUAUCAAACACUCCAUAGAGCUGAACAAAAGUGGCGCUCAGCGGGAGGUGGAGGACAGCAUGCAGGUGUUUUCAGACCUGAUCCGAGCGCUCCAGAAGACUCAGGCCGAGCUGGUGCUGGACAUCGAGGAGAAGCAGAGGAAAACCGAGAGCAGAGCUAAUGAACAAAUCCAGGAGCUGGAGCAGGAGAUCACAGUGCUGAAGACCAGGAACCAGGAGUUAGAGUAUCUGUCACACACUGAAGACCACAUACACUUCCUGCAGAACUUUCCCUCACUGAUGGCUCACCCACAUACUAAAGACUGGUCUGAGAUCUGUGUGCACGCCGAUCCGUGUGUCGGCACCAUCAGGAGAGCAGUGCUCAAACUGGAGGAGACUCUGACUGAAGAAGUGGAGAAACUGGCAGAAGCAGAGCUGAGGAGGGUUCAGAAGUACUCAGUGGACGUGACCUUUGACCCAGACACGGCGAACCCUUGGCUCCAGCUGUCAGAGGAUGGUCAUCAGAUGCGUCACCUGGGCUCGUGGCAGGACCUGCGGGAUGCUCCGGAGCGUUUCGACACGGUGGUGAUCACUCUGGGCCGACAGGGCUUCUGCUCCGGCCGCCGCUACUGGGAGAUUCAGGUGGGCGAGAAGGACGACUGGUACCUGGGGGUCGCCCGGGGGUCGGUCAACAGAAAGGGCAGGAUCUCGGUGAGUACGACUCAGGGUUACUGGGCUCUGGCGAUGAAGAAGGGCCAGGAGUACAGGGUCUCGUCCUCUCCACCGCUGCUGGUCUCCAUUGAACCCAAACUCAAGAGAGUGGGCGUCUAUGUGGACUACGAGGAAGGACAGGUGUCGUUUUAUGAUGUGCAAAACAAGAGUCACAUCUACACCUUCAUGGACACGUUCAAAGACAAGCUCUUUCCGUUCUUCUACCUGUACUGCUGCGAUAAAGCCUCCGAUACCAUGAUCAUCUGCCCCGUUCAGGAGAUGCCGCAUACUAAACAGUGCUGAGUACUCCCGCUGAUUUAAAUACUGUAGUAAUAUAGAGUUCAAGACAGAAUUAUUAGCAGAAUUAUUAUUCCUUCAGCGACUGCUGUUUGAUUAUCAUGAAGAAAUAAAUAGGAGCUGAAAAAUAGCCUAACAAUGACAAUAGUUGUGAAAGAGUGCAGCAUAACAUUACGACAUUUUGACGAACUGAAACUAACAUUUUAAGUGACAAAAAACUCUGAUAGUCCACAGCAGGGUUGUCAGAUCCAGUUCCUGGAGUGCCGCAGCUCUGCACAUUUUAGCUUUAACCCUAAUUAAACACACCUGAUCAAACAUAAUUGGGUCCUUCAGGCUUGUUUGAAACCUACAGGUAAGUGUGUUGAAGCAGGGUUGGAACUAAACUGUCCAGAGCUGCGGCCCUCCAGCAACUGGAUUUGACACCUGUGGUCCACAACUUGGGCAAAUAAACAAACAAACAUUGAAAUUCAAGAUAUUCCAUAAAUUCCGAGACCUGUGGGAAUUGAAUGGUUUAGUUGUGGUGAUUCUACAGUUGCUAUGGUAACACAACAACUACAGUAAUUGAUCAGUUGUGUUGAUUCUACAGUUGCUAUAGCAACACAACAACUACAGUAAUUGAUCUGUUUUGGCGAUUCUGCAGUUGCUAUGGUAACAACUACAGUAAUUGAUCUGUUGUGGUGAUUCUGCAGUUGCUAUGGUAACAACUACAGUAAUUGAUCUGUUGUGGUGAUUCUGCAGUUGCUAUGGUAACACAACAACUACUGUAAUUGAAAUGUUGUGGUGAUUCUACAGUUGCUAUGGUAACACAGCAACUACAGUAAUUGAUCUGUUGUGUUGGUUCUACAGUUGCUAUGGUAACACAACAACUACAGUAAUAGAUCUGUUGUGUUGGUUCUGCAGUUGCUAUGGCAACACAGCUACUACAGUAAUUGAUCUGUUGUGUUGGUUCUACAGUUGCUAUGGCAACACUACAACUACAGUAAUAGAUCUGUUGUGUUGGUUCUGCAGUUGCUAUGGCAACAAAACUACAUUAAUUGAUCUGUUGUGUUGAUUCUGCAGUUGCUAUGGUAACACAACAACUACAGUAAUUGAUCUGUUGUGUUGAUUCUACAGUUGCUAUGGCAACACAGCUACUACAGUAUUUGAUCUGUUGUGUUGAUUCUACAGUUGCUAUGGCAACAAAUCAACUACAUUAAUUGAUCUGUUGUGGUGAUUCUAGUUGCUAUGAUAACACAGCAACUGCAGUAAUAUAAACAGUUGACCCGAUAGGCUAUUACAGGGUAUAUUAAACCACAAUACAGUUAACUGUAGGGAAAUCUAAAGUAUACUACUACAGGUUAUCAAUUCACUAUAAAUAUUACUAUAAUAUGCUGGAGUACUCAAUAACGAAGAGUUGUAAGCACUAUAUAAUUUUAUAUGGUAUGGUUUGAUUUACUAUAAAUUACUGUAGUAUUUUUUUAUCUGGGCUGCUUUCUUUAUUGAAUGUUUUGUCUGAUAUUUCCACAUAAUAAUGCUGUUGAUUUGAUUGCAUGGCCACAAACUGCCAGAACAGUCAAAGAAAUUUUAAUUCCUAAUCCUCCAUGUUUGUGCAUUUGUACUUGUAUGUGUAGAAGUGUAUGUUGAAAUAAACAUGUAAAGCAGUGUAAA